CUACAUUGGGUUAUAAACGCAGUGCAACAACUAAUACUGACUUUCAGGCUAGCCAGGGACGAAAAGUGGUGGAUCCACGCGCCCUUAAACGCAAUAAAACGAGUUUUAACUAAUUUAAAUACUAAAAGUAAAUACAUUUUUUUUAAAUGUCGUACAAUAAAGUAGUACCAGCUCUAGUCAAGUCAAGUUCCGACAACAUCAAGAGAAUAUACUUGUCUCACGGGAGAUUUCGCUCCACGGUCGCAUCCACGCAACGUGAUGAGGUUGAAGGAGGGAAAGAGAAGAAAGUUGAUGAGUGCACUGUGGGGAAAGCUGUUCAAGCGGACCUCAUCAUCCAGUCAAAAAAUACUACCGAAGCUCAAACACAGAAGAUCGAAAUCGACUUUGACAAUACUCAUGAAGCUUACAAAAGUAAAGAUAACAUUGAGCUGCUUAGAAGUCUGUUGGUCUUCAAGCUUUGCACAUUCGACUUCCUCGUUGACAAGAACAAGGAGUUGAUGGACCUUAGCAAGAAGGUAUUUGGCCAGCGGUUGUUUGAGAGGCUGAUGAAGAUGACGUUCUAUGGACAGUUUGUGGCCGGGGAGGACCACAACUCAAUCAAGCCUCUGAUCCAUAAGAACCAGGCCUUCGGCGUGGGGUCAGUCCUGGAUUACAGUGUGGAGGAAGACCUGACCCAGGAGGCGGCAGUGAAGAAGGAGAUGGAUGCCUGUGUGUCUGAAGCUGAGAAAGAAAGUCCAGUGCCAGUUACAGCAUUCUUUGUAACGCAGGAAUAUGACCACAGCGUUGACCACCGUGAGAUGAAGUACAAGGCCCACCGUCAGUUUGGGGACCGUCGUGAGGGCGUGGUCAGUGCCAGGACAUACUUCUAUGCUGAUGAGGCCAAGUGUGACAACCAGAUGGAGACCUUCCUGAACUGCAUAAAAGCCUCAGGGGGGGCCUCUGUAGAUGGAUUUUCUGCCAUUAAGAUGACUGCCCUGGGCCGUCCACAGUUCCUGCUCCAGUUCUCAGAGGUGCUGGUGAAAUGGAGGAGGUUCUUCAACCUGCUGGCAGCACAGCAGGGGAAGUCUGGCAUGGAUGCACUGGAGCAGAAACUGGAACUGGAACAGCUGAAGGAGAGUUUGACUCAGCUGGGGGUUGGAAAUAAAGAUGACAUUGAGAACUGGUUUACUGGAGAGAAACUGGGCCUAUCAGGAACGAUUGACCUUCUGGACUGGAACAGCUUGAUUAAUGACAGAACAUCGAUCUCGAACCUGCUCGUCAUUCCCAAUGUUGAGACUGGUCAGCUGGAGCCUCUGUUGAGGAAGUUCACUGUUGAAGAGGAGAAACAGAUGAAGAGGAUGCUGCAGAGAGUGGAUGUUCUGGCCAAGCAUGCGGUGGAGAACGGGGUGAGGCUGAUGGUGGAUGCUGAGCAGACGUACUUCCAGCCGGCCAUCAGCAGACUGACCCUGGAGAUGCAGAGGAUCUUCAACAGAGAGAAGCCCAUCAUCUUCAACACCUACCAGUGCUAUCUUAAGGAAGCCUAUGACAAUGUGUCUGUGGAUAUGGAGCUGUCCCGGCGUGAAGGUUGGUACUUUGGGGCCAAGCUGGUCCGCGGGGCCUACAUGUACCAGGAGAGGAGCAGGGCGGAGGAGAUCGGCUACGAAGACCCCAUUAACCCAGACUAUGAGGCCACCAACCGGAUGUACCACAAAUGUUUAGAGUUUGUGUUGGAAGAGAUCAACCACAACAGGAAGGCUAAUGUCAUGGUGGCGUCACACAACGAGGACACUGUCAAAUUCACUCUGGAGAAGAUGAACCAGAUGGGUCUGUCACCCACUGAGAACAAGGUCUAUUUUGGACAGCUGCUCGGAAUGUGUGACCAGAUCAGCUUCCCACUAGGCCAGGCUGGAUUCCCAGUGUACAAAUACGUCCCCUACGGCCCAGUCAACGAGGUCAUCCCCUACCUGUCUCGCCGUGCCCUGGAGAACAGGGGCUUCAUGAAGGGUUCCCAGAGGGAGCGCAGCCUGUUGUGGAAGGAGCUCAAACGCAGGCUGCUCAAUGGACAGAUCCUCUACAAGCCUGUGUACUAACUGAGCUGACUGACUGUCUGGCACACCAGCACUCUGCCCCUGUAAUACAUUCCAAUGUCUUAACCAAACCUGCCCUGCGCACACAAUGGGGUGAAAACUAACUUCCACUUAAGUUGAAUUUCCACUUAGUCCUGCUCUGAUGUCAAUGGGAGCCUAAAGUGAAGCAUUGGCUGAAGUGGACAUUAGGAUUCAACCCCAUGGCUUUAGAAUGUACUGUAGGUAGGCUUGUCUAGUACUAAGAUACUAACCUAAUGCCAAAAGACUCUGACUGGCUCUGCCUUUUCAUCUAUUGCUGCCAAAAGUGUCCUUAUUUUCUAUAAGAAUAUAUCUUAUCCACUGUGGUUUAGCAGCUUAUUCAGUGGCUUAUUGGCCAUUUUUAAAGUUGAGCUGUAGUUCUUAAGCUAGCAUGGAACGUGUGUGAUUUGUUAUCACUGCUUAGAGAGUCAUAUCAAUAUAACUGUAGUUGUCGACAGGAUUUUUCUGAAUUUAUUAAGGCUCCUAUUUAAUGUGUCCAGUGUCUUUUUGUUUCCAUUCAAUGUUCAGGAACGGUAUGUUUUGUAAAAAUGUAUUUAUCAUCAUUUAUCAUUGUCUUACAGACUGCUUUGGAACCCUUGUUUGUUAGCAUGUAAUGUUUAAAGUUGUCCUUUGUAUCUAUGUUUUACUGAACUGUGGAUGAUUGGUCAUUUGUAAACACUUUGUACAGGGUUCUAGCUUUGCUGAUUUUUAAAACCAAUACAUUCAUUAUUUAAAUAGGAAUAUAUAAAACCGAUGUACACAAGGUUGUACAGUAUGAUGAUAUUACUGUCUUAUUAAAGAAAUUGAGUGGUCAUGUGA